AUGAGUUUCAAAGCUUGUGAGGCGCCCGCCGAUGGGCGGCACCCGUGCCCGCGCGAGGCCACCUCUCCGCAGGCGUCUCGUGGAGACGUGCCUUGAAGCUUAAAAUAAGGAGACGCGUGCAUCACUAGUAUGUACAUGAGCUAGCUCACGAUCAGGGUCGAGCAUUGUAGCGAGGCCUUUUGUGGCCCCGCUGUGGCGGCUGCGGCCGCUUGCAUACAUUAUUAGGUAUCUCACGUAUCACACAAAACGUGAUAUAGACGAGCGAGCGUGCCACAAACGCCCUCACACUCCUGAAACAGGAGGGGACCCGCAGACGGCCCAUAGCAGCGCGAAGCCGUCGAGGAGGAAGCCACGGCGCUCGUGAUGGCCGCCACGCCCGCGGCGCCGGCGGCGGCAACACCAAGGGCGCCGGCCGCGCCGCGCCCGCGGCCCGUCGACGCGGCGACCGACGAGGCCGUCGCGAGCAUCCUCAACUUCCAGCUGCCGUCGUCGGCGGCCUUUUUGAGGCCGCAACUGCGCGUAAGGCUGAGAAAAGUCGCAAGGCACCGCUACGCGCCUUCAAGUGAUCCGUUCGGGAGCCGCGCUAUCACGACGAGCGCGCCGACGACGACCGUCACACAACCGCUGGGCCAGCCGCGCGCGAGGUCCGGUGUCUCUCCUGCCGUCGCCUACUACCGCUCAUUGCAAGGCGGGCCGCCGGACCCGGCCCCUCCCCUCGACCCUGCUUUAGCGGCUUUGACGCUCGGCUACCCCGCGAAAGACGCGAGGGAAGCUCUACAAUGUUGUAGAGGCGGCUGUCGACGCUUAGAACUCUUCGCGCGAAGUGCGGGCGUCGCCGCGUCGGCGCUGAAAGCCGCGCGGGAGGCCGGAGUCCAGAAGAUCGUCAUGCACGCGGCAAAAGCAGAUGGGGCCUGGGCGCCGGCCGCGGCGCGAGCCGACCUGGCCCUGGCCAAGUCGCUGGGGGCGUCGGCUUUGUGUACGGACGCGUUUCUGGCCGACGACCCGAACGAAGGCGCAAAAUUACAGACCUUCGUCCAAACGGCGAAGCCCGUGAAGGUGAUUAUCGGUAGAAGAGCUUUUGAUGAUGUUUUAGAACGAAGACCGCACAUGGCCGAGCGACGAGAUGUCUUGAAUCGGUUGGGGGCGGCGGGCGUUUCUGCCGUAUAUACGUCCGGUGGUACCGGCGACGCCUGGACCGGUAGGAAAACACUGAAGGAGUUGUUGUUGAUAGCGAAGCACGUGCCUGGUUCUCCUACCAUCAUCGUGAGUGGUGGUGUGGUGCUUGAUAGAGUGAAACGACUGGCGGCCUACACCGGCGCCACUACAUUUGCUUUGGAUCAUGCGGACGCGCCGGAGCCGGAACCCAUCGACGAGACCGAAGUAGAAGCGCGGGAGGAGGUGCGGCCGCCGAUGCCUGCGCCCGACGCGCCGGCGCCGCCCGUGCCGGCCGCGUGGGUCGCCGCGGCUUUGGCGCUGGCGCCGCCGCGGGCGCCGGCGACGCCGGCGGCCGCCGCGGCUUUGGUUCCAAAAGCUGCGGCUUUGUCCAUCUCGCGCUGGCACGCGGGCACGAAUGACCCCGACGCCGACCAUGAGAAGGGCGCCAUCGCGCCGAGGAGGUUUGGGGGUCCCGCGCCGCCGCCGCCCCCGAAGGCGUCGCCGCGGGAUCGCUCGGAGAGCUCGUCACCUAGAUCCUGGGCCGAGUCCCCCCGAACGUGCCGCAAGGGCUGCGGGCGGAGCUUCGGCCACCCGCCCGCGCGCACGGCCCACGAGAAGACGUGUCGCGGGCUGCGCGGCUCCUCGACAAGGGCCGGCCGCGAGAACCACUACGCGCGGACGGCCUCGCGCUCCAACAGUCCGCGGCCCGAACCAAAACCGGACGGCCGCCGCCGCGGCCGGCCGGGCGCGCCUCUACUCGCGCAGCCGCGCCAGGACGCCUGGCCGGGCCUCGGGUAUCAAGAAGAAGCACCCAAAGACGCGCCUCCCAAGGCCUGCCUACCUUUUGGGGGCGAGGCCGGCGGCUGGCCGGGCCUCGGCGACCCCGAGGAGGAGCUGGACGUGGACGCCAUGGACUUUGAUUUUGGCGGAGAUCCUCUGUUACCGCGAUCAAGGGCGCCGUCGGCGGGGUCCUGGGCGGACCUCGGGUCCCAGCCAGGGGGAAGGGCGCCGUCCGGGAGCUGGGGCGACUUGGGUGAUGGUCCCGCGCCAUUUACCUUACCGCCGUCGCCCGCUCGGCCCGUUCCGGCGCCGGCGGCCUCCUUCGUGCCGCCGCCCGUGCCACCAUCCAUCACCGUGCCGCCGCCGCCGGAGGUCGCGAGCUGGCCCCGGGACUUAUCUCCCCGCUCGGAGGCCGCCGCGAACGACGCGGCCAUCGCGCGGGUCAUCGCCGAGCAGGGCGGCUACGUCGGCCUGCCGGCCAUCGGGCCGCCGCCGCCGUCGUCAUCUUCGGAGUGAAUCCUCCGUCCGUCCCCUGUGACAAGUUAAUCCUAAGAAGUUGUACCCUA